AUGUCUUUGACAUUAUUUUUCAUUUGUUAUGAUUUCAGUUGGACAAAGCAAUCAUCCCUCCUAUCAGACUGAACAGAAAUCCUGUUUCUGCAGUGCAGGGCUGUUACAUUUGGAAGUUUGCAUGUGUUUUGCUAUUUUAGAAAUCUCAGCAAAACUACAUCGUAGUUGGAUGAAGUUUGACUUCAAAUGGACCUCAACUCUCUAAAGGAUUGGGAGGAGUUCUGAUGAGAGUCUGAAAAGGAGGAAACAGAGGAGAAAAAUGAAGUACUCUAUCGACCGUCGGACUGACAUGGACCGCCUGUUCAAUGUGCAUCCAGGGAAUGGAUCUGUGUUUCUGCUCAAAAGCCUGGACAGAGAGGAGUCUGCCUGGCAUAAUAUUUCAAUCAUAGCUACUGAGUUCAAUAAUCCCCGUCAGAGCAGCCAUGUUCCGGUCUACAUCCACCUGCUGGACAUCAACGACAACGCUCCCACCUUUGCCACUGUGUAUGAAACCUUUGUCUGUGAGAAGACUAAGGCUGGUCAGGUACUACAGCUUUAUCACUUCACGCUUUGGAUAUAUAGGCAGGAGGUGAGAUGGGGUUCAAUAGUAUUUUAUCUUAUGAAUCCAGUAUCAAAUCCACAUAUGGUGUGCAUGUAUAGAAUCCCUUAUAAAAUCCAUUUAAGUUAAUCUCUUAAAAUGUGCAUAUU